AUGGAGCGCGGCGGCGGCUCUGAGGCGGGAGGCCGGGCUGAGGGAACUGCGCGGGGCGCCUCGCUUUCCGGAAAGAUGGCAGAACCGGGCGCGGUGCGGACCUCGCCGCCCAACCACCGGCCCUCAGGCAUGGAUGGAUUUUUAAAAUCAGAUGAGAGACAAAGACUGGCCAAAGAAAGACGAGAAGAAAGAGAAAAGUGUCUGGCUGCCCGGGAGCAGCAGAUCCUGGAGAAAGAGAAAAGAGCCAAGCUCCAGUAUGAAAAGCAAAUUGAGGAGCGAUGGCGAAAACUGGAAGAGCAGCGGCAUCGGGAGGACCAGAAGAGGGCUGCGGUGGAAGAGAAGAGGAAGCAGAAGCUCCGGGAGGAGGAGGAGCGGCUGGAGGCAAUGAUGCGCAGGUCCCUGGAGCGCACGCAGCAGCUGGAGAUGAAGAAGAAGUGUUCAUGGGGAGCAUCGCUGGCUGUGGGCCCCACAGGACGCGAUGCAUGUGACAAACUUUCAACAUCAACUGUGAAUUUGCCAAAGCAGACGGAGCCUCCCAUGAGUAAACGCCUGUCUUCAUCUACCGUGGCAAUAUCCUAUUCUCCAGACCGAGCUCAUCGCAUGCACCUUAGUACCAUGGAAACCUUUCUUGUUAUGCGACUGUUGACACCCACACAGGCUUCUUUAGCCAGAAGCAGAAGUGCAGUCAUGCUCUCUGAGCAGGCCAGUGACUCAGUAUUCCCUACCUGUCCUCGUGCAGCUGCUGCUGGCUCUCUUAAAUCUUCUUACAAGUCUUCUCCCACUCGAAACACCGAGAGGAAGAAGACUACAUCUACAUCUGGUGUAGGAGAUGCUGGGAAAGGAGCCCCUACAGGAGCAGAGGCCCCUCCGAUGGAGAAAGUGAAGAAGGGACGAGUGACAACUUCCAUUCCCACUGGGGGCUUUGGGUCUCCUCUGAGAAAAUGCGAGUUUCCUGGAAGUUUUUCUAAGAGGUCGUCUUCUCCUGUGAUAUCCAAGACAAUGUCAAAAACAUAUCCACAAUCUCCAAAGAUGGGGAAGCCGCCAUACCCAGGGUCUCCCGUGAAGUACCGCCUUCCUGCCUUUCCCAGCCUAGAAACUCCCAAGAAGAAAGCAGAGAAAGAAAAGAGCAACAAGGAAAAGGAAGGUGCCUCUGGUCAGCAGGCCACUGGCCCACAUGGAGAGGAAGCCCUAGAGAAGCAUGUGGCAGACAAGUACGCCAACGAGAAGCACGUGGCUGACAAGUAUGCCAACGAGAAGCAUGGGACCGCAGGAGGGAAGGCAGAGUGCAGCACAGCCUUAGGGAAGCCCACAGCAGGCACCACUGAUGCAGGGGAGGCCACAAAGAUCCUGGCUGAAAAGAGACGACAGGCCCGGCUGCAGAAGGAACAGGAGGAACAAGAACGACUGGAGAAGGAAGAACGAGACAGGCUGGAGAGAGAGGAGGUAGAAAGAAAGGUGGAAGAGGAAAGGCUUCGCCUAGAAGCAGCAGCCCGUAAGCAGGAAGAGGAAAAGAAGUGGCAGGAAGAGGAAGAGAAAAAAAAGGAAGGAGAGGAGGCCAAGCAGAAGACUGAGGAGGAGCUGCUGCUGAAAGAAAAGCAAGAAAAGGAAAAGCCAGAAAAGGAAAAGCAAGAAAAAGCCAUGAUUGAAAAGCAGAAAGAAGCAGCAGAAGCAAAGACCCUGGAAGCAGCUAAACAGAUGCUUCUAGAAAGAGAACAGAUUAUGCUGCAGAUUGAGCAGGAGCGACUGGAGAGGAGGAAGAGAAUAGAUGAAAUCAUGAAGAGAACAAGGAAGAGUGAUGUGUCUCCAGAAGUGAAGAAAGAAGAUCCCAAAGUAGGAAUUCAGCCUGCUGUGUGUGUGGAAAAUAAGACAAAACCAGUCAUUCCCAACAAAAUAGAAAUCAAUGGAUUGAACACCUGCCAGGAUGUUAAUGGUGUGGGGCGCCCUACCCCAGAAACUUUUCCCCAAGAUGUUUUCUCUAAUGGGCUUAAACCAGUUGGGGGACUUGUUCAUCUGGAUGCCCUUGAUGGGAAAUCAAACAGUCUGGAUGAUUCGACUGAAGAAGUUCAGUCUAUGGAUGUGAGUCCUGUUUCAAAAGAAGAGCUUAUCUCCAUCCCAGAAUUUUCACCAGUGAGUGAAAUGAUUCCUGGGGUGUCUCUGGACCAAAAUGGAACUGGUAAUGCCCGAGCGCUUCAAGAUAUCUUAGAUUUCACUGGCCCCCCCACAUUCCCCAAGAGAUCCAGUGAAAAUCUCAGCCUGGAUGACUGUAACAAAAACCUUAUCGAAGGAUUUAACAGUCCUGGCCAAGAAACUACUCUGAACACCUUCUGUUGA